UUUCCUCUGCCUUUCUCCCAGCCCCUCGUCUGCGCCACAGCCCCCUCCUCUCCCCGCCCCCCGGGUGUGUCAGAUUUUUCAGUUAAUAAUAUCCCCCGAGCUUCAAAGCACAGCCUGUGACAGUCAUCUGUCUGGACGCGCUGGGUGGAUGCGGGGGGCUCCUGGGAACUGGGUUGGAGCCCAGCGAGCGCUAGCCAGGCGCAAGCGCGCACAGACUGCAGCCACCCGAGGCCCCCCCGCCCCCCGGCCCACCCGGAGACACCCGAGUAGAAUCGCCUCUGGAUCCCUGGCAGUCGGCGGGAGGUAAGGAGAGGGGUUGCAAACCGCCGGGCGCCCCGGGAGCGGCGAGCGCCGGCGGCAAGGCAAGCCCUGGACGGGAUCGCCACUCGCGCACCGGGGCGCCGGAAUAUGCCCGGGGGACUUUCUGCUUCCGAAAUAAAACCAUCUCAGGGUUUUCCCUGAAACGCCAGUUCCAGCCCCGAAGGCACCCGAGCUAGAAGAGACCCGCCCUAAUCCUUCUGCAGCCCUUGCCAGGGGGUAGUAAUGGCUUCUGAGAAAAGAAAUUCCCCCUGCUCUAGAAGAUUUGUCUGUUUGAGCUGACGGAGAGCCGUGUUGGAGGUUGACGCGGGCCCCCGCCUUCCGCGCCCCCCACGGGAAGGAAGCGCCCCCCGUAUUAAAACGAGCGGAGCGGAAAGAAGUCUGCAGUCGCCUGCCGGGAGGCGAGCCGAUGCCGAGCUGCUCCGCGUCCACCAUGCCGGGGAUGAUCUGCAAGAACCCAGACCUCGAGUUUGACUCUCUGCAGCCCUGCUUCUACCCGGACGAAGAUGACUUCUACUUCGGCGGCCCCGACUCGACCCCCCCAGGGGAGGACAUCUGGAAGAAGUUUGAGCUGCUGCCCACGCCCCCGCUGUCGCCCAGCCGUGGCUUCACGGAGCCCAGCCCGCAGUCCUCGUACUGGGCUACCGAGAUGUUGCUGACCGAGCACGACGUGUGGGGCAGCCCGGCCGAGGAGGACGCAUUCGGCUUGGGGGGACUGGGCGGCUUCACCCAGAACCCGGUCAUCCUCCAGGACUGCAUGUGGAGCGGCUUCUCAGCCCGCGAGAAGCUGGAGCGCGCCGUGAGCGAGAAGCUGCAGCACGGCCGUGGGUCCUCGGCCGCCGGCUCCGCCGCCCCGGCCCCGGGAACGGGCGCCGCCAGCCCUGCCGGUCGCGGGCACGGCGGGGCUGCGGGAGCCGGCCGCGCCGGGGCCGCCCUGCCCGCCGAGCUGGCCCACCCGGCAGCCGAGUGCGUGGAUCCCGCCGUGGUCUUCCCCUUCCCGGUCAACAAGCGGGAGCCGGCGCCCGCGCCCUCCGCCCCGGCCAGUGCCCCGGCGGCGGGCGCUGCGGUCGCUUCGGGGGCGAGUGCGGCCGCUCCAGCCGGAGCCCCGGUGGCCGCCCCUCCGCGCGCAGGCGGCCGCCCGGCCAGCGGCGGCGACCACAAGGCCCUCAGCACCUCCGGAGAGGACACUUUGAGCGACUCAGAUGAUGAAGAUGACGAAGAGGAAGACGAAGAGGAGGAAAUUGAUGUGGUCACUGUGGAGAAGCGGCGCUCCUCCUCCAACAGCAAGGCUGUCACCACAUUCACCAUCACCAUGCGUCCCAAGAAUGCACUGGGCCCCGGGAGGGCUCAGUCCAGCGAGCUGAUCCUGAAACGAUGCCUCCCCAUCCACCAGCAGCACAACUAUGCCGCCCCCUCUCCCUAUGUGGAGAGCGAGGAGGCACCGCCCCAAAAGAAAAUUAAGAGCGAGGUGUCCCCACGUCCCCUCAAGAGCAUCAUCCCCCCAAAGGCUAAGAGCUUGAGCCCCCGCAACUCUGACUCGGAGGACAGCGAGCGUCGCCGCAACCACAACAUCCUGGAGCGCCAGCGCCGCAACGACCUGCGGUCCAGCUUCCUCACGCUCAGGGACCACGUGCCGGAGCUGGUGAAGAACGAGAAGGCCGCCAAGGUGGUCAUUUUGAAAAAGGCCACCGAGUAUGUCCACUCCCUUCAGGCCGAAGAGCAGCAGCUUUUGCAGGAAAAGGAAAAAUUGCAGGCGAGACAGCAGCAGUUGCUCAAGAAAAUUGAACACGCUCGGACUUGCUAAACGCUUCUCAAAACUGGACAGUCACUGCCACUUUGCACAUUUUGAUUUUUUUUUUUUUUUAAACAAACAUUGUGUUGACAUUAAGAAUGUUGGUUUACUUUCAGAUCGAUCCCCUGUCGAGUUUGGCCCUGGGUGGGGAGCAGGACCACCCGAGUGGGGUUCUGGCAGGACCUCGGAGAGCCUGCGUCUCGGGAUGCUGGUGGCCCUGCGGCCUCCUCCACCUCGCCUCCGGGACAGCGGUGGGAGUUCAUGACAGUUGGGAGCCUCUGGGGCUGUUGAAGUCACCUUGUUUGUUCCAAGUUAUAAACCACAGAAAGUCAUUCCUUCUUUUUAAAAUGGUGCUUACGUUCCAGCAGAUGCCACGUAAGGGGGUUGCCACUGGACACCCCUGGGGAACAUUUCUGUAAAUACCAUUGACACACCCGCCUUUUGUAUGCGUCCUGGGUCAUGAGAGGUGGCUUUUGCGGCCAGUAUUAGACUGGAAGUUCAUACCUAAGUACUGUAAUAAUACCUCAAUGUUUGAGGAGCAUGUUUUGUAUACAAAUAUAUUGUUAAUCUCUGUUAUGUACUGUACUAAUUCUUACACUGCCUGUAUACUUUAGUAUGAUGCUGAUACAUAACUAAAUUUGAUACUUAUAUUUUCGUAUGAAAAUGAGUUGUGAAAGUUUUGAGUAGAUAUUACUUUAUCACUUUUUGAACUAAGAAACUUUUGUAAAGAAAUUUACUAUAUAUAUAUGCCUUUUUCCUAGCCUGUUUCUUCCUGUUAAUGUAUUUGUUCAUGUUUGGUGCAUAGAACUGGGUAAAUGCAAAGUUCUGUGUUUAAUUUCUUCAAAAUGUAUAUAUUUAGUGCUGCAUCUUAUAGCACUUUGAAAUACCUCAUGUUUAUGAAAAUAAAUAGCAAUUAAAU